UUCCACACACUGAGGACAUGUUAGAAAAUUAUGUGGAUCCUUGCUAUUUUGAGCCAAUUUCUUACCAAGAUGGCAGUAUCUCGAAUCAACAAGAUGGCCAACCAAAUUGCUUUCCUAUUUUCUAUGAGUACAGAUCUGUGGAGAGGCAUAACGUGUUUGAAAAUGCAUGUGACACUGAUUCCACUCAGUGGGAGUGGCCAGGAUGGAGUGACAAUGUAACUGUGAAGGAAGAAAAUGACAUGGAGGCCAGUGUUGGAACAGCAGGGUUGAGUGAAGAAGACUUGCGAUCACCUACCAGCAGUCGUAAGGAACGUACCGCUUUUACAAAAGCGCAGAUACGAAGCUUGGAGGAGGAGUUCGCUCGAGCUAACUAUCUCACCAGACUGAGGAGAUAUGAGAUUGCUGUGGCAUUGAAUCUCACUGAAAGACAGGUAAAAGUGUGGUUCCAGAAUAGAAGAAUGAAAUGGAAAAGGACCAAAGGCGUUACAAAACACAUGAAGAAGAAAGAGCCUGUAGCUUAAAAAAUAAUAUCACAUUUAUAGGAGAAAAUUAUAAUUUAUUGUUCUUAGGCAAGCAAUACCUAUUUAUACUCGAAAAAACAUGUUAUGAAUACAGCGGUAGCACACAGGCAUUUCACCGCAUUGUUAAUUAAUUCAAAAGGGAAUAAACUUAUUUAAGUUACAGAAUAAAAAAUACAUAGUUAAACAUAGAACCCCUCCUAUUUUGAAGUCGGUUAAUAAGAUGGCUGUUUGUCAUUUGUGCAUUGUAUAAGUGUAUGCAAGUGAUAUAAUUCGUUCAAUGCAACUCAAGGAAGCAUGAUAACGUUGUAAUUAUUUGUAAUUUUUUAAAAGUAAUUGAACAUUUUUGAAUGUUUCUAAUUAUUAGUUUCUAAGUAAUUACUUAAAAAGUGCUCUACUAGCGAACUAAAACGUUAAUCAUAUAAUAUAAUCGUUGUAUAUAAAUCUACCAAUACAAAGUUUCCACCUAUUUCAUAUUUUGCUUUAGAAUUUUCAAAUACAUUUUCGUCGUCAAAUUACAAAUUUUCAGUAUCAUAAGAAUAUUAUUACGUAUGAUUACGUUAAUCACUAGCAGAUCACUUUUUAAAUAAACAAUCAGAAACGUCGAAAAAUGACAUUUUUGAAAAUUGACAGUAACUAAAUUGGCACAUUGUCAUACUUUGUAUGAACGUCAUCUUCUUUAAUUAGCGUCAUCUUCAAGUUUCAUUUUUCGGUGAGCUUUUUAUCCGACUUCAAAAAGGAAGUUUUAAAUUUUUUUUUGUUACCU